AUGUCACACACCACCAAGCAAAUUUCAAAGAAGAGAAAGUUCGUCGCCGAUGGUGUCUUCCACGCUGAAUUGAAUGAAUUGUUCACCCGUGAAUUCAACAAGGAUGAAGGUUACUCUGGAGUUGAAUUGAAGCAAGGUCCAGCUUCAACUGAAAUUACCAUCCGUGCCUCCAAGACCCAAGCCAUCGUUGGUGAAAACGCCCGUCGUGUUCACGAACUUUGCUCUUUGGUCCAAAAGAGAUUCGGUUUCAAGGAAGGUGCCGUCACCAUCUUUGCCGAGAAGGUCCAAAACCGUGGUCUCUGUGCCGUCGCUCAAGCCGAGUCACUCAAGAUCAAGUUGUUGGCCGGUCUCCCAGUCAGACGUGCCUGUUACGCCAUCCUCCACCAAGUCAUGACCAAGGGUGCUAAGGGUUGUGAAGUCAUCGUCUCUGGUAAGCUCCGUGCUCAAAGAGCCAAGAGCAUGAAGUUCCGUGAUGGUUACAUGAUCAAGUCCGGUCAACCAAGUCAACAAUUCGUCGACUUUGCUGUCCGUCACGUUCUCCUCCGUCAAGGUACUUUGGGUGUCAAGGUCGCUAUUAUGUUGCCACACGACCCAACAGGAAAGAACGGUUGCACCAUCCCACAACCAGAUAUUGUCAUCAUCAAGGAUCCAGUCGAAUAA